AACCGUCUAUUUAAAAGAAGGCGCAGACCCUGGAGUGGAUCCGAACCAGCUUAUAGACUCGACCUUAGUUUCUAUUUGGAACGACCAACAGAAGAAUCUAAGAAUGCGUCUGUUUGUCUGCUUUGCCGCUUCUCUGGGUGCAUGGAGCAUCGUUGGGGUGCUCAGUAGCGAUGCUACAACGGACAACAGUAUCUCCCAAGAUGGCUUCGCAACUAACAUCUCCUCCAUCACGACAGCGCAAUCGUCUUAUCCCACUCCUCCAUCACAGACAGGAGAAACAUCUUCUUCUGUUGUUCCAUCACAGACAGGACAAACAUCUUCUUCUGUUGUUCCAUCACAAACAGGACAAACAUCUAAUUCUACUGCUUCAACGCAGACAGGACAAACAUCUAAAUCUUCGCCGUCCUCACGCAGUCAUAGCAUCACACAGGGAGAGACCACCGGUGCUACAUCAUCAGCUAGAAAUGCAACCUCCUCAUCCACCGGCAAACGCCAUCAGUCACAACUCCAGCCUCUUCAAACAAACUGAGUGUUUCAGCCACCAUUGUCCUGGUCUGUCUCCUGGUGUCAGCGGCGUAGACAACACAGAGCCAAGCUUGGCAUCAAGGCAGCUGUUUGGCCAUCAGUGAAUACCUCUCACCCAGCUGUCUGGACAUCAGUACCUCACCCAGCUGUCUGACCAUCAGUACCUCCAAUACAUCUCACCCAGGUGACCGUCAGGAAGGCAUGUGGAAAUGACGCUGAUAUGGCUGACCCCUAUGUCACCUCACCGGUAGUCUGGUCUUGAUUGACAAUAAUCUGUAAUACUCUAUAUUAUAUAAUAAUCUUUAUCAACCUGAUAUAAUCAAACUGUCCUACAGACAGAAGCUGAAGGCAGUCGUUCAAGGGUUAAAAACGAAAGUACAGCGUGAUCAAGAGAUUUCGUGAAUAUGUUGUAUUAUUUGGUUGAACACAACGACAAUAUCUUAAGAAUUAUUUUCUUAUUGAUAUUCUCUUAUUUUUGCUAAAUCACGUUCCCCAUGAUUUUAAACAAGAUAAUAUAGUGAUUGACCAUCUCUGAAUAUAGUUUUCAUUCCUUCUCUUCGUGAUAGUUUCUAAUGUCAAUGGGGGGAAUACAGAAGGACAAAAAAAUUAAUAUCACAUAAUUCACAUCCCGUCCAUUCUUCUAUGUUGUCUACACAUUUAUAAAGCAUCUUAUUUUCUUCUUUCUUCUAAAGCUUGUACAAAGUGGGUUUAACUGGCGAUGAUAUGUUUAAAUGUGAAUUAAUCCUGUUCCGGAUGGAAUGUGUGUGUGAGAGAGUGAGAGAGGGGGUGUGGCGAGAGAUGAAAAGACAAAACACAUUGUUUAUUGUUUACUUGCGGAGUAAUUUGCAUACAAUGAGUUGCUGUUUGAUAAUCUUAUUGUCGUCCCUCGUUGUUCUCUCUCGUCGCUGUCACGGACAUUGUUUGCUUCGUGGCCAGCAGUGCACCUCUCUACAACUUGUAAAAUAAAGACUAAGAAGCUCACUGUC